AUGAUAUUUCAGUAUACAGUGGAGGGCCUACAGCCAGCAACUAACUAUGCAUUCCGUGUGGCUACAGUGAAUGAUGCUGUGUCACCCCAUUCCAACCAGAGUUCAUUUAGCACACAGGUGGGAUGUUGGACCAGAGCUGCUAUGUCACAAGAACCAAAUACCUUAAUUGUAUCACUGGAACAGAGUCGACAGUUCACCCUUAACUGGACGAAACCUUCCAUUACCAAUGGCAAUCUAAACGGAUACAGACUGACAGUGUUUGAGGGGAGCACGUGUGUCCAGGAAGUCAUCUUCAAAUGUGAAACCUGUACAGGGUUUACAAGUUUUGGACAUACAAGUUCAUGCCAACUGACAGCCAAACAAUCAGUGGUCAUUCUGCCUGCAGACAUAGAAGGCUACACUUACACUGUGGAGAACCUCAAUCCAUAUAUCAACUACACUAUUCAUGUGUUGGGUGUUAAUGCAGCAGGGGAUGGUCACCCUAAUAUAAUAUAUGGCAUGACAGAACAGGAAGUUCCACAGAAUCCCACUGCUCUGACAGCUGAGGUUUUGAGUAGUACAGCAAUACGCGUGUCUUGGGCCAUCAGUGAUCCAGAGCCUGGACCGACCAGUUAUACCUUGUAUAUAAUACCAGAAACACCAGAGCAAAGUCAAACUGUAACCAUACAAGGAUUCUCCACCAGGACGUACAAUGUGACAAGCUUACAGGAGUACAGAACUUACCAGUUCAAUCUGACAGCCUCUACUGUAUUAGGGACAGCUGUAUUCCAACAGUCAUUACCAAGCGCCAAAACAAAUGCUGCAGCUCCUGGACAAGUAAGCAACUUUCAAGUAGUUCGCCCAGAUGGUCCAAACUUUACAACAGUGAGGGUGUCCUGGGAACUUCCAGCAAUAUUGGACAGAAACAGUGACAUAAUCAAAUACAUGUUCUCACACAACUCUACUGUUGGGAACUUGGGCACAGCCCCAGAAGAAAUACUUGUCAAUGGCAAUCCAGCUACUAUAACAAGGAACCUAAAAGUUUUACCACAGAAUAUUUACUAUAUUGAGGUGUAUGCAGUAGGUACUGACCAAAAUGGAGUUAGUUAUAAUGGAAACAAACAUUUUGUGGUCUAUUCAGCUCCUGCUGGAUCCCCACCUCUGGAUGUCGGAGAAACAGUGAUUCCAACCAGUAGCAACAACAACAUCCAACCUACACAGACGUCUUUCUCACUUACCCUUACAGAUGCUUUCUUCACCAACUCAAUUUACGGUGGUAUAGAAGACAUGGCUUUGGUGUUGUGUAAGGACUCGUGUAAAAAUCUUGGUGACCAAUCAGAAGCAGUAUCAAGUAAUUACUUAGUCAACGUAGAUGGUUGGAAAGUUGCUCGUUCAAAAGGCUAUACAGAUGAAUAUAGAGCAAUGUCAAAAACAGAGUUUACCUCAUAUAUCAAUCAAGCUGGUACAUCAGGCCGACGUAAGAGGUCAACCAACACAUUUGUGGUGGAGAUUGGAACAGCGACAGAUUGUGCAUCAUCAACAGAGACCUAUUGUAACGGACCUCUUGAAGCUGGUUCUGUGUAUUUUGUUAAGGCUGUUGUGUGUACCGCUGGAGGUUGUACACUGUCUGCACUCUAUGGACCAUACUCAACCGAAAAAGUUCCAGAUUCGGGACCAGACGUCGGUGUCAUAAUUGGCGUUGUUUGUGCAAUUGUAGCUUUCGCCGUCAUUGUUGUUAUCAUUGUUGUUUUUAUCAAGAGGAGGCAAAGCUCCAAACCAAGCACAUACAAGCCAGAUGAUGAGGAACCUGGUCUGCAUGAAAUUGAGAAAAAGCACAUUACUGCCAAGAGGCCGGUUGUAAUGGAGAGGUUCCCUCAACAUGUGUCUGACCUACAUAAAGACAGCAAGUUGAAGUUCGCCAGGGAAUAUGAGGACCUGAAGGAGCUGAGUGCCAAACACCCAUGUAAUGCUGCAAAUGAGGAUGGAAACAAACUUAAGAAUAGAUAUGUCAAUAUUCUGCCUUUUGACCACAGUCGAGUGAAACUGAAUCCCACUGACCCAGAGGACCCAUCCACAGACUUCAUCAAUGCAAACUACAUUCCUGGCUACAACUCUCCACGAGAAUACAUAGCAUCCCAGGGCCCAAUACCAAGCACCAUCGACGACUUCUGGAGAAUGAUAUGGGAACAACAAGUAUCAAUCUGUGUCAUGUUGACUCUGUGUAAAGAGGAUGGAAGGAUCAAGUGUGAACAAUAUUGGCCUACGGAACGUAACGAGCCUAAGCAGUAUGGUGAUAUUGUCGUAGAGAUUACUUCCUAUUCCACGGUCAACACCUAUGAUCACAGAAUCUUCAAAAUAACACAGGGAGAUCAGACACGAACUCUAAAACAUUUCCAUUUCUUGAAUUGGAAGGACUUCUCUGCAAAUGUUCAGAAUGAUGUCAUGAUUGACUUUAUACAAAAUGUGCGAGCACACAUUCAACCUCCUGACAAGAAGGGCCCAAUGAUUAUUCACUGCAGUGCUGGAGUUGGUCGCACAGGAACAUACAUGGCCUUAGAUCAACUUAUACAGUUCAUAGACGAGCAUGACUUUAGUGAGAUGAUAGACAUCUUCGACUUGGUUUUGUCAAUGAGGAAUUACAGAGUGUUUAUGGUCCAGACAGAGCAACAAUAUGUGUUUAUUCAUGACUGUGCAAAGGACCUGAUUGAGAGAAAGAAAGCUCGACUGCAGAAUAAUGAUGAUGAUGAAAAUCUCUAUGUCAACAGAGCAUAUGAGGAAGAUCCGGAUGAAAACCUGUACCAAAAUCAGAACUUUUUUGAGAAUAAAACUGAGCUUUAACCAAAAACCAGCAGACAAAAUAUGAAGGGUCAUAUGAAUAUAUCAUCAACUGGUUCAUACCUCUGAUUUGUGGACAUUACUGUAAUGUCACUUUUAUCAGAGGAAAAUUUUAUAUUGUUAUACUCCUUCUGUUAUGGAGAAAGGUAAUCCUCUUUAUUUUCACAAAAAUGGCCGUCAGAACAGUAUAUCCAGUAGCUGUUACAUAGAGUAUAUCUAAAUUCUUACAUCAAUAUGUAAAUAUUUUCAUAUAGUCCACUUUUGAAUUACAAAGAACAACCACUCUCUCACUUAAGUGCCAAUUUCUACUUCAAGUAUGAAGUGUAUAGCUGGUUUGAGGUUUUUUAAUGGCUAGAUUCAGGAAUAAACUGGUUACAUUUUGUUUUUGGAAGUAAAAGUUUUUUAUCUAUGGUAAUAUGGGGAUGAUGAAAAAGCUUACUUCAUCAGUUGAAAAAAAGUAAGUGAAACAUAUCAAAACUUUUUUUUAAAAAAAAUAAGGCUUUGCAUGUAUGUAGAAUUACAUGAAAAUGUCCAUCAUUGAUGUCAGUUCUCUGAUGUUUAUGAUGUUACAAACAUAUCCAUAGGUUAAGAAUUCCAGCUAUUUGUCUUAUUUUACAAAGUUUUUGUUAAUCAAAAAGUACUUCAUGGAUAAAAACUGUUUUUUGGCAAUCAAAAUCUUUUGGACACAAUCAAUUGAAUCUAUGACAGAUAAAUUAACAUUUUUCUCUGUUCUAAUUAAUGCAAAAAUAUCACCAAUAUGUUACAAAGUGUUGGUUUCAUUUUGUGCA